GUAUGUAUCUAUCUCAUGAAUAAGAACCCUAAAAUAAAUAAGUAUAUGUAUGUGUACCCCCAAGCUAAGAACGAGCUGUAAUAUUAGCUAGGUAAUAAUUAAAAUGCACCGACGGCGGCUCACAAAAAUGAUGUCAUCGAAGAAGAUGAAUAGUAGGUGCAUAGAGAAAAUGGCUACAGCAAAUGCGGUUGUUAUAUUCAGCAGGAGCUCCUGCUGCCUCUGCCACGCCGUUAAGAGGCUAUUCUCCGGCAUGGGUGUCAGUCCGACUGUCCACGAGCUUGAUCAACAUCCCAAAGGUAAACACCUUUACAGGGCCUUGUCGUCGUUAUUCACCGCAUCCGCAUCGGCUGCCGUGCCGGUGGUCUUCAUCGGCGGCAAUCUGGUUGGUGGAAUCGAUGCUGUUCUAGCUUCCCAUAUUAAUGGAACCCUUGUUCCCCUUCUCAGGCAGGCUGGUGCUCUUUGGCUUUGAAACCAUAUAUAUAUAUAUAUAUAUAUAUAUAUAUAUAUAUAUAUAUAUAUAUAUCUUCAUUAAUUAAUUGUAUUGUAUUCAAUCUCUCCAGCUCCGAUCCUUUUUGUUAUAAUAUAUAUUAUUAUUAACUAGUAAUAAUUAAUCAUCAUCAUUUGCUUUUAUAUAUUAAAUUUUAUAUAUAAUGAUGGGAGAACCGAAAAAGAAUGAUGAUCAGAAUUAAUCUUGUUUCAUUA